AUGGUGUUGACUUCAUAUCACAAAUUUAGCUACCUAAAAUUAGUAAUUAAAGAAACCUUGAGGUUACAUCCACCACUUCCUUUGUUACUUCCAAGAGAAUGCAGGGAGCAAUGUGUAAUUAAUGGAUAUGACAUACCUAUUAAGACCAAAGUAAUAGUGAAUGCUUGGGCAAUUAAUAGAGAUGCUGAAUUUUGGGAAAAUGCUGAGAGUUUUACACCAGAGAGGUUCAUAAAUUGUGCAGGUAAUAGUUUGGAAUUUAUCGGACAAAAUUUUGGGUAUUUACCAUUUGGCGGAGGAAGAAGAAUGUGCCCUGGAAUUUCAUUUGGUUUAUCAAAUGUUGAGCUUCCAUUAGCUCAACUUAUUUACCAUUUCAACUGGAAGCUGCCUAAUGGGAUGAAGCCUGAAGAUGUUGAUGUUACUGAAACUCCUGGUUCUAGCUGUAGUAGAAAAUAUAAUUUGUGUGUUAUUGAUACCUCUAAUGAUCAUGGAGUAUGAUGAUUAUUACAGGUGUAAUUGUGGUUGUUUUUCUUUGCUGAGAAUAAUGUAUGCUCU